GGUUGGAAAUAGCGUGGUGGUGGCUUCUCUCUCUCUCUCUCUCUCUAGCUAUCGCGCGGGCCCUCUCUUUUCUCUCUCGCCGCCGCCGCCGCGUGUGUUUUGCGAGGUGGGGGUGUAAACAACAGCCCCCCGACGGUACGCGCGCUUCUCUCGCACUGCACAGUGCACACACACUCGAUCCGCGGCCCUACUCGAGAUCGGAGUGUAUAUAGGUACGAGACGUUUUCAUCCGCAGCCGAAGCUGCGUGCGAUGCAGUUUUGGAAACUCCAGUGUUAUGCAAUCGAAAAGUUCGGGCUUCUUUAUGAUAGGGACGAAAGUAUAUUGGUUUAUCGCCGCUCGUCGAUUCUCUCGCUGCCUGCUCUCUGAGGCUAUAAAUGGCCGUUCGCAAUACUCUUCUUGGAAUAUCGGCCGCGAGCUUCGCCGCACGACCCUUUUACGCUGAACUGUUUGUUGCCUUCGUUCUCGGUACUCCGGUGUUUACACUCGCGUCUAUUGUUACUGACGAUGGAAAUAAUAGGAAACGUAGGUUCGACGUGAAAUCGUGUUCGGUGAAUGUAACGCGCGUGUGUGCUUGGAUUUUCGAGCCGUGAAAGCGUGAAAGGGGCGACGUGUACAGCAACGUUUUUCAUGAUGGCCGUCGCAUACACACGCAGAGAGCUGACGUGUACACUUUUUCGAGUUUCUCCGAAAGACAGCACUUUACCCGCGUUUGCUCGUCUCGCUGAUAACAAAGUCCGGCUCUGUUACGCACAGUCAAGAUCGCGUAUGCGUUGCAUGUCUCUUUUUACUCUGUAUACAUAUGCACACGAGUGAAACAUUAAAGAAUAUACAGCCAACGCCCAGCGGACUGUUAACGCGCUUGGCCGGCGUCGACGCUUUUGUAUUGUGUGUGUGUGUGUGCGUUCGGCUUCCCUCUCCCGUGCAGCGAUGGUUGCGGGAACGCCGAUGGGGGGGAAUACUACGGCAGGCUGUUUUAUUGUUGUCUAUUCUACCGGCGAAACCCUUUCUGCGUUUCGGCUCAUUAUGUGCGCGUCUGAGAGGAAGUUUCUUCUUUCCCGCUUUUUUUUGUCGUUUGCUAUCGAGGUGUAUAAAGUAAAAUUAUGAUUUUUUUUUAAGAUUUCACGCCGCGUAAGCUACUUAUUUUGAGGAUUUUAGAAAGUCAUAGUCGAGAAAUGAACCUAAUUGCUGCUCGACGGUAUAAAUAAAAUAUGAUUUUUCACGGGACAGCUGCGCCGGGUUUUACCCGCAACGGAGCGAACAAGAUAAAAUGCCGCAGAUUAUGUCAAACGACUUUUAUCAUCGCUUAUACAUCCAAUCGAGCGAUUCUAAAAAGGAAACGUUUUCUAGCUGUCGCUCUAGAAUUCUCUCGGUUUUCGUGCACUGCUUCAAUUUCACUCGACAUCGGAUCGGAGAAAUCCUCGCUCACUCUGGUGACCUUAUCUCGGGGAUUUCUAUUUCAAGACUGACGCACGUAUAUUCGAAGUUCCAAAAGAAAAAGUCGCCAAAUUCAGCGCUCGCGCGAUUAGUCAGCUGUGACGGGGACUAGCUUUAGUCAUCGUUAUCCCUAUUUCGGAUAAAUAUUUGCCCGGCGUGUAUUUCAUUUAUAUUUCAUCUCUGAAAAGAAAAAUAUACGUGAAACUGCACUGCUGGUGUGGGUUGCAGCCCUGACCCAGAAUAAACUGUAAAUAUAUGUAUUCUUGGCGUUUCGCUGUACAUUAGAGCUCGAUGAAAAACAACGAAGGCUUCGACAGCUUCGAGGCGAAUAUAUUCGGCUCUCGACAGUCGAGACUGAUUUCUCGCAAUCUAAUCAGAACUGCUUAUUACGCAUUAUUUGACUCCUUGUUUCGAUUCGCCUUUAUCUCUUCGAUGACUCGGCUCGUCAUCGAAAAAUUUUUACUCUACCGUCGCUAACGAUCGUAACGGUUACAUAAAUCGCUGUAGAAUAUUUUUAAAACGGCUUAUAAUUAUAACGUUCUAAAUAAGGCAGACACGCGAUACAACCCAACGGAAUAAUCAAUCGCCGCUGCAUCGCAUCGAAAAUAACCCGUCGUGUAUUAUACGCGGCGCUUUUUCUCCAUGAAACGCGCGUCGGACGUAGCGUAUAAUAAAUCGAGACCUGCAGUUCUUUUUUCCACGAGGCAAAUCGAUAAAAUAAUAAUUUUACGUAAUACGCGCCCUUCUUCACCGUCGCUAUGUAUAUACGUGCAUAAUACGGCAAAGCUGUCGCGUUCAUAUCCGCAUGAAAUUGCGUACAUCUGGCGCGCGCCACAUGCACGUGUGCGUCCCGUUCGCGUAUAGAUUUUGCGAAAUUUCUAGCCUUCCGUUCAUUUUUCGAUAUACAGUUCCAACUGUUACAGUUUGGUGAUUUUAGUCAAGAAGCCAUUCUUCAUUUUCCUUCUUCUGUACCACGUGCCUAUACGCGCAAGUGUAACUUCAUUUAAAUUAAAAAGUAAAAAUUAACUGCUUCUCGAUGUUUCCCGUUUAAGCUCUCGGAAUAUACACUUUUGCUCAAUUGCGCUCGUCACACGCCGUACGAUCGCAAUUGAGCCCCGUUGAUACCCGUUCAAUUAAGCAACUUCGAAUCGAAGAAGAAAGAUCUUAGCUCAUCUAUACGAUGAUUCCGGGGAGUGAACUUUUUUUUUUUCGUUUCCGUUCUAUCGCGCAAUCGUUAGCCUCGAUCCAAGGCCGGAAGAGAAACCGUCUUGUACCUGAACACCGAAAACUGCACGACGACGUCGCUACGGUCAACGGACCCUUUCUCUCGCUAUAUACACUCGUACGUGUGAUAAUACCGUUGAGAAUCUUGGCACUUGGUCUUCGUGCGGCAGGACGACUGGUUUUAAUAUGACGAAUGCGCGCGUAUAGUAACGGUGAGGGGAUUUGCAAGCGUGGAUUCAAUGGAGAUUGAUGUGCGUUUUUUUUUCUUGGCUUGAUGGAAUGGAAUGUUCGAGCCUUUGAUGGAAAUUUAAUAUUGACGUAUCGGCUGGAUAUUAUAUUUCUAGAGCUCCAAUAAUGGAAAUUUUCUAUUUUUUUUCGCGUGAAUCAUUCUCCGACUUGGUAUUUUUUUAUCGAUCUCGUGUUUCUCUACCGAAGCAGUCGUUAACUAUUUAACGUCUAUUUGAUGACUGUUCCUUUGUUGCAUAUAUAGUUAUCCGAUUAACUGAAAAAAAAAAAAUGAAUCAAAGCUAGUGAUCGAGUAACAGCUGAUGAUCCCAUAAAAGUCAGCUGCUCGCCCUGCAUAUCGCCCGAAAAUUCCCGCCAACACAUCCCCGCGCUAUUUCGGAGCAACAGUAUCAUCAUCAACGAUCCACAAGCUUAGUUCGUGUCAUCGGAGCAACUCCACAGUCUAGACCCCGCCGCCAUAUUGCCGCAAAGACUACACUCUACAGUCUACACACACAGUCGUUCGCGUUGUUCGUUCGUUCGUUCGGUCUGAGCAUGCGCAGACCGUCCAACAACUCUCCUCUCUCUCUCUCUCUCUCUCUCGGCAACGAGAACACUUGCGAGUGCCGCCACGGCGGAGCAGAGAGCUCCGUUUUCUACGCUGCAGAGUUGCGGACGUCGAGGUCUUAACAUUGCCGCAUUAUUUUAAUACAGCGAACGACUUAUCAGCUGCAGCAGGUGUACACACACAGAGGAUACGUCUGUCUUUCUCGAUGGUAACGCCCACUGACUGAAAGGAUUCACCAGUUAAACUAGCAGCAGCAGCAGCAGUACGCCAAAAUGAACUUCACCCCGUUCCCGGGCUUCACCACGGGCUCGUUGCCCACGGGGACGGUUCACCAGUUCGCCACAGCAAAAUUCGCCCAGAACUUGACGACGGGAGGACAAGUGGUCGGCGUCCUAUCAGGCGGCGAAGGUGGUGUACACUACCUUCGACCAGUCGAUCCCAAUGGUUUCACCGUUGCUCAGAGCGCCGGUAAUCAGCAGCAGCAGAUCAUUACUCUGCCCAUCACUGUGCCCGGUAAAGAUGGCACACAACAACAGCAGACGGUUCAGAUUCAGGUGGUCAACCCCAACGUCUCGCAAAGCGGCAGCAGCAACGAGCAGCCCAAGUAUCACCUGGCUCCGAUAUCGCUGAGCCAGUUCCCUCAAGGGGCUGCCACUGUGCUCACUGUUGCUUACAGCCAGCCGGGCACCGAGGGUGUGCAGAUCCAGGUUCAGCCGCAGAACACCGUUGCUACCACGCAGACGUCCGAGCAGACGACGCAGAGCACGUCGACGGCAACGUCCACGGCUCAGCAGACGAUUCAGCAAACGGUGCAGCUGCCGGGUGCGCCGGAGGGUCUGACUGUUGUGGCGCAAAUCCCGCACGACUUGAUUCUGCGGGAGAGCAUCGAGGAAGCCAAGGAGACCGAGGUGAAGACAGAGGCAGGCACGACGCCAGUUGCAUUGAUCAAGCGAGGAGGCGUCAAGAACCAGGGUAACCAGAGCGGCGAAGAAUUCAUCGCCCAGAUGCAGGGCACAUGGCCCAGUAUAGCCUCCGGUGGUUCGGUCGCCGAGUACUUGUCGAGGCUGCCGGCAAGCACUUUGCCACUGUCCUUGCAGCACUUCCUCAAGUUCUCGGCGGAGACGAUAAAACGCGAGGCGAUGAUCGAAUCCAGUCCUCUCGGCGCGGACGGUCUGGAAGCUGGUACUGCGGCAGGUGAAGGCCAGACCGUGCAAAUCACCGUCGCCGGUGGAGAGACUGAGAUCAUACCCGAUGUUGUCGAGGAAGCGGGUGCCGAGCCUGGCGUCAAGCCCAAGCGCAAGAAGAAGUACAAGAAAAAGCCACCCAAGCCGAAGAAGCCCAAACCAGGCCAGAUGAGCUACGUCGAUUUACCCGAAAACUCCAAAAGUAGACGUUUUAAGGUGAGCAUCGUCACGGCACUGGAUGGUACGACACUGUUUUGCUGUCCUCAAUGUAAUAUGGCUUAUCCCGAGAAGGAGCUGCUUGAGCAGCAUUUGAUCGGCCACAAGAUCGAAAGGCGGUUUAUUUGCGACAUCUGUGGAGCUGGACUGAAGCGAAAAGAGCAUCUUGAGAGGCACAAGCUUGGACACAACCCGGACAGGCCUUUUAUAUGCUCUGUUUGCAUGAAGGGAUUUAAGCGGAAAGAACAUUUGAAUCUGCACUUCGUGAUCCACAGUGGUCAGAAGACAGAAGUAUGCACAGAGUGCGGUAAAGCUUUUUAUCGCAAGGACCACUUGCGAAAGCACGCGAGAAGUCAUCUGGCAAAGCGCGCCAAGGAGAGCGAUCCUCUUGGAAAUACGGACAAUGCUCAGGCUCAGCAGCAAGCUCAACAGCAGGCUCAACAACAAGCCCAGCAGCAGGCUGAGCAACAGCAGCAAGAGCUUCAGCAAGCUCAGGGCGUGCCCGAGGGCGUUCAGCAGAUUCAAAUUCAACGCGUCAUGCAUUUUUUGAAACCUCAUCAGGUGGGCCAAGGAGCACAGGCACAGAUCCACCAGAUACAGGUUAGCGAGCAAUCGACUGUCGUCUUGCCUACAGCGGCCGAAACUGGUGCCAUGACGAUGCUUCAUCAUCAACAACAGCAGCAACAGCAGCAGCAACAACAGCAGCAGCAACAGCAGCAACAACAACAACAGCAACAACAACAGCAGCAGCAACAGCAACAACAUUAGCGAUGCUCGUGAUCGAAGCGCCGGCGACGAGGGUGAAGUAAGUGCGACCCAAGGACAUAGUUGCGACGAGAUAUAGCUUGGCUGCUAGGUCCGUGCGAGAGAAUCUCGAAUGUAAUAUAGAAUUGAUCAUUGCGCGUGUGGGGAUGGAUAACAGCUAGUUGCGUGCGACUGGAAGUAAAUGGUGAGACCGAAUAAUCGUCUGACGUGAAUGUAGAUUGGUUAUAUGAAGGGACCCGUGGUUCUUGUUGUAUGCUUAUUUGUUAAAGAUUUUUCUUAUGUACGCAAUAUAGAACGAGAAUUUUGUUUCUGUAUAAAAUGUAUAAGUUUAAUUGUGUAUAUAUCGCAAUAGGUGGUUGUAGCAUGUCUAAUGAAGUAUAUACGAUCAUAUGCAAGAUUAUGAUUACAGAAUAUAAAUAUAUAUAUAUUACAGUAUCCAUGUUGUAUUAGUUAAGAUGCGCAGUAGUUUUCUAUAAAUUACUAAACGCUGUUUUUUGAGAUUCGAAGUAAGAUGUAAGAGAUAUUGUAAAACCGAUUUCUAAGGUAACUGUACGUCUGCUAUUAUCGACGUAAUCUUGUGCAAAUUAAGGCAGAAACGAUGUAAAAAUUUAUACAGAAACAAAAUUCAAAAUCAUUAUUUUUUUUUGACCCGAUUUAUUGUGCUAAAGAAAAAGAUAUAUAAAUAAUAUAAGACGACAUCAACAAAAAUUGUUGUAUCUUGUAAAGUAUUGACCAAAAUGAAAUUCUGGUGUAGCUAUUUUUUGUAUACGAAUAAAACGAAGGAAUAGUUUUAUAUUAAAAUAAAAAUGGGUCGAUCGAACCAUUUAUGAAAAAUCUUGGAGUUAAAACAAGCAACUCAUAUCACACAGCAAAUGAAGACGUUAAUACGUAAUAUUUACGCCACAUUAUUAACAUAAAACUGUAACUAAAAUCUUAGCAAAACAGAAACGUUUUGUACGAUCUGUUGCAACUUAAUAGUUUUAGCAGUAUGUUAAUUAUUUUAUAUAUUGUAUUUUUAUAUUAUUAUUACUAUUAUUAUAUUGUAUUUAAUCUGCAAUCAAAUUAAAUAAAUUGAAUUUUUCAUAAUGAAUUAUUAUGAUACAAAAUUUUGCUAUUUUUCAAGAGUUUAGUUAAUAUAUGUUUAAAUUAAUGUUUGAUCAAGUAGAUUAAUAAAUACUUAAAAUCUUUCAUAUUUAUUUAUUUAUUAAACCGAAUAACGUUUUACUUUUUAAAUACUAAUUAAUGUUUUAGAUAAAAAGCUACAGUUUUCUGUUUAUAUACUUGAUAAUAAAUUACCUUUAAAGAGAAACUUCUAGAGCACGCAACUAGCAUUAGAUACAUUUGCAUUGAUUUGACGGUCUUGAAUUAAGUUAACUCGCUUAACGAACUGCACCUUUUGUCUAUCGAAAAACUAACAUUCUGGCUGACAAGUGUUUUACUAUUCAAGUUUUCUUUUUUAAAUAUUACAGUAGUCUCAUUCAAACUAGAAUGAAAACAAUUCAGUAGUUGAGUUAACUUUGUGCCAAGACGCGGUUUGAAUUAAGCAUUGUAUGCGUCAAUACCAGCAUUAAAAAAUUAACGCACUCAAAGCUAUUUGUUUUGUCCGUUAUUGCAACGUUUGUAAUUACAAUGCAUCAAGCAAAAAAUUGAAGACUAUAAUUAGAAAAAGGGCAAAACACACAAAAACAAAAUAGUACGCGUUGUAGCGUACGCGAGAGCGUCAAAGUAGAAUUAUUAUAGAUAUAGGAGAACACACAGACGAGGAGGCGCCGCGUUCUCUCUUUAUGAUUUCUUUGUAUUUUCGCGAGCCUCAUACGCAGAUGUAAGAUGAAUCUUCAAAGUGAAUUAAAGAGAGAAAAAGGUAUAUUAUAUAUAAAACAGAUUAUAAAGUAAAUAGCGUAUACACAAAUGACGAAUAUAUAUAUAUAUAUAUAUAUAUAUAUUUUAGGGCGCGUGUGCCGAAUUAAACCUCGGCAUCGCAUCGCCCUGCGGAACGGGUUCAACUAUAAUGUAUGAUUAUUAUAUACGUUGUAUAGUUUAUCUUCGACGAUAUCGAGACUUUUGCAAGGCGAAAAUUCAAAUUCUUGUCUUUUAACAGAUGACAUAAACCAUGUCUAUCUCGGUCAAUCUGAAAUAACGAUAUAAAGAGGACGGCAAGAGUCAAUACGUUUAUUAUUUUACGGUAUCGUGCGUACUCGGACUAUCCAUUUUUGACAUUAAUGGACGGAGACCGUCGCGAUGAAAGGUAAUGAUGAACAGCGAUUGAGAAAAUGGGACGGUGAUUAUUUGGUGUAUAGCGAAUGAAUAAUUAUAGCUAUUAAUAAUAUUCGAUAGUUUCCUUACUUUGCGAGUAUCAAUUAUUUAACUAUAUUCACGCUGCGUGUUAAUGUAAAUUCAUCGGCAAAGAAUUUCUUUUAAUUGUGUGUACAUACGUUUAUCUCACAAUCGGUAUUUAUUUUUCACUGCGUUUUUUCAUGAUUUUUUACUCCGUAUAAAGAGAUUCUUUUCGACACUUUGAAAAUUGCCUAGAAAUUCAAGCGCUGUAAGUAAAACUGUCGUCGAAAUUUCAUGCAGUGCUCAUGAUCAAAGCACAAAUUAAUCUGCGUGAAUAUUACAAGUAAACACUUGAUUGAAAAAAGUUUUGUUUAGUUAAACACUGAUUUUACAAUUUUAGUAAAUCUUUCUUGUUCGUUUUCCGAUGAAAAUGCGAAAUGCCGUAUUUUUGCAGGACGACUGUAUAAGAGACAAACUUUACAAGCACCUUCUCUCGCUGCAACAAAAUGAAAUGCAUUUACCUUGCCAAAAUCGAAUGGAGCAUUUCUGUUGUUUUAUCCGUUAAUUUCCGACGUAGAAAAAUGCGUUUAAACAUAACUUGUGUAAAGCGAAGAUAACGGAGCAACUAGUGUUUUGCGUUUUUGUCGGAAAAAAGAAAACUAUAUUUUUCGCAUCUGCGAGACAUUAAAUUAUAAUAACUAUUUAAGGAAAUGGGUAUUGAACUACAGCUAUUAUUUUAUUAAAGAUUAUUUUUACUAUCGAUUAUUAAUAUUAUUGUAUUGGAUUAGCCAUUAUUCUAGAAAAAGUAAUGAAUAGCGCUUAAGACAUUUUCAUUGUUACUUACAUAAAUACUGGACAAAAAGGAUAAAAAUAAAGCGUACAUUUAAUAUAAAAA